AUAUGCUUAAAUAACAGCCGUUAAAUCAGUGGCGUUAAAAUCGAGGCGAGUCAGAGUAUUUUAGUCACCGAGUUCGAUUUAUAAUAUUUCACCCAGCAGAUUCGAUUUGUUUAGUCGAUAUCUUCAAGGCUCCACUUCACCACUCCGACUCCAUUUCUCCCAUCUUCAUUCGCUCUAAUCAAAGAUGGCAGCAGCAACAGCAAGUACCUUUUCUGUGGGAUCAACAUUACAAUGUGGCUCCAAAAUGAGUCCACUUUCACAGUCAAAGGCCACAAGUGCACAAUUUAACUUCAACAACAAGCUCAGAAGUUACAGUGGCCUCAAGGUUGCUACAGCAUUUAGCUUGGAGUCAGAGUCUGCCUUCUCAGGCAAGGACAGCAGGGCUGCUCUCCAAGCCUCAUUUGCUUGCAAAGCACAAAAUCAGAGCCAGAGAUAUUCAGCUAACAAUCAGAUCAGUUCCUCUUUCAAAGUAGCAGUUCUUGGAGCAGCAGGUGGUAUAGGCCAGCCAUUGGCGCUUCUCAUUAAAAUGUCUCCACUAGUUUCGACCUUGCAUCUCUAUGAUAUAGCAAACGUGAAGGGAGUUGCAGCUGAUCUUAGUCACUGCAACACACCCUCUCAAGUAUUGGAUUUCACAGGAACUCCGGAACUGGCUGCUGCAUUAAAAGGCGUAGAUGUGGUUGUCAUACCCGCAGGUGUUCCAAGGAAGCCUGGUAUGACACGAGAUGACCUCUUCAACAUCAAUGCUAACAUAGUGAAAACCUUGGUCGAGGCUGUUGCUGACAAUUGUCCAGAUGCUUUCAUCCAUAUAAUCAGCAAUCCAGUCAACUCUACUGUACCAAUUGCUGCAGAAGUGUUGAGGCAGAAAGGUGUUUAUGAUCCCAAAAAGCUCUUUGGCGUGACGACUCUAGAUGUUGUCAGGGCUAACACUUUCGUUGCUCAAAAGAAGAACCUGAAGCUUAUUGAUGUUGAUGUUCCAGUAAUUGGAGGACAUGCUGGAAUCACUAUUCUCCCUUUGCUGUCAAAGACAAAACCAUCUGUGAGUUUCACUGACAAAGAAGUAGAAGAGCUUACAGUCAGGAUUCAGAAUGCUGGAACAGAAGUUGUGGAUGCCAAGGCUGGCGCAGGAUCUGCUACCCUGUCAAUGGCAUAUGCUGCUGCAAGAUUUGUCGAGUCCUCCCUUCGUGCUCUUGAUGGAGAUGGUGAUGUCUAUGAGUGUGCGUUUGUCCAGUCUGAACUGACCGAGCUUCCUUAUUUUGCAUCAAGAAUUAAGCUUGGAAAGAAAGGGGUUGAAGCCAUCAUUUCAUCUGAUCUCCAAGGACUGACAGAAUAUGAACAAAAGGCGCUGGAGGCCCUCAAACCUGAGCUGAAGGCCAGCAUCGAGAAAGGGGUUGCUUUUGCACAAAAGCAAGCCAUAGCUGCUUAAAGUUGACGAGCAAAGCAAUCAGAGAGAUAAAGACAUACUAUGUUAGGCAUAUCGAUAUAAAUUCGUUAGUGCAAUGACAUUAUCAUUUUUGUAGACUAUGGAUUUUCAGUUUCCUGGUUACAAUAUUAUGCGGAUGGGCUCCUAGGCUGAAGAGUGAAUGCAUGUUUUAGAAUUUUGUUCUCAUUGACAAUUAUCUGUACUAGCAAGUAUAACAUUACCAGUGCUUUGUAGCAUUAAACAUCUGGAGCAUUCUAUAUAAUAAAUUUACCUCAAUCAC